UUCAAUACCAAAACUGAGUGCUUCGCGUUCAAAGGAAAGGAACGAAGCCAGUGGUACCGGUGAUGUGAAUAUAGGUGAUCGAAUAGCAGCAUUUAUGGAAAAAAAGAAGCAGCAAGAAAAGAAAGAAGCCAUUGAAAAACAGCGACAAAAGGAGAAAUUGAUCCAAUUAAGAUUGCAAACUACAUUUGGCGGACGGGCAAAUAAAAAAUUGGCAAAACAAUUCGGUACAACACCAAUAGAGUUGCAACAACGGUAUGGGCACGAUCGUGAGCAUGAAGAGUAUUUGAGGAAAUUACAGUGUCGUGAAGAGGAAGAAUUCGAUCGACAGGUCACUGAGAUACGUGGCAGUGUUCAGAAGGCUUUAGAACGGAAACGUGAAGUUGAUAAAAUGGCACCUUCUGAAGAGGAACGAAGAGCUUUGGGUAAAUAUCGAAUCGCAACUAAUAAACAAAAUAGCUUGAGGCAUUUUAUGUGA